AUGGAGCGACUGGUUCUGUGCUUGCUCUUGUGCACGGCGUUCGUCCGGAGCUACAGCUGUCCGGGCCGAUGCAUCUGCCAGCACCUGUCCCCAACUCUCACUCUGCUGUGUGCCAAGACCGGCCUGCUCUUUGUUCCACCCACCAUUGACCGCAAGACCGUAGAGCUGCGCCUCACAGAUAACUUUAUCACUAUUGUGCGACGCAAAGACUUCUUCAACAUGACCAGUCUGGUGCACCUGACUUUGUCUCGUAACACCAUCAGUCAAAUCACUCCACAAGCCUUUGUCGGCCUGAGAGCUCUGCGGGCGCUUCACAUGGAUGGAAAUCGCCUCACGGUUAUAAAGAGUGAUCACUUUAAAGGACUGGUGAACCUGCGCCAUCUCAUUCUGGGGAAUAACCAGAUUCAUGAAGUUGAUGAAAACUCGUUUGAUGAAUUUGUGUCCACUAUAGAGGAUUUGGAUCUAUCAAACAACAAUCUGCGCACUCUUCCCUGGGAGGCCAUAGGACGAAUGAUCAACAUUAACACGCUUACACUGGACCACAACCUGAUUGACCACAUUGGCGUGGGGACAUUUACACUGCUGACCAAGCUAGUGCGUUUGGACAUGACCUCCAACAGGCUGCAGAAGCUGCCCCCAGACAGUCUGUUUCAACACGCCCAGGUUCUGUCAGACGCCAAAGGUUCCAGCUCAUCUACUUUGGCUGUUAGCUUCGGGGGAAACCCUCUGCACUGUAACUGUGAACUGCUGUGGCUGCGCAGGCUGACCAGAGAGGAUGACCUGGAGACCUGCGCCUCCCCAGAGCACCUCAUGGACAAAUAUUUCUGGUCUAUUCAAGAGGAGGAGUUCAUCUGCGAGCCUCCACUCAUCACCAAACAUGUAGCCACAAAGCCGUUUGUGAUGGAGGGACAGGGCGUGACUCUUAAAUGCAAAGCAGUGGGGGAUCCAGACCCAGAGAUUCACUGGCGCUCUCCAGAUGGGAAGCUGGUGCACAAUAACUCUCGCACUAUCCUCUAUGAUAAUGGGACCCUUGAUAUUCUCAUCACCACUCUGAAGGAUAGUGGGUCCUUUAAUUGUGUGGCAUCGAAUGCUGCAGGCAUCGCCACAGCUGCUGUUGAGAUCAAUAUGAUCCCCCUUCCGCUGUUUGUUAACAACACAGCACACAUGAGGGAAGACCCGGGCCUCUCCGACAUCACCACCUCCUCCAAAUCUGGCAACGACACCAAGGGCUAUGACAAGCAGGACAGAAGAGUCAUGGUGUCCGAGCUGACCUCCUCCUCAGCAGUUAUCCGUUGGCCAUCAGAGCGCCACAUCCCCGGCAUUCGCAUGUACCAGAUCCAGUACAACAGCUCCGCCGAUGACACUCUGGUGUACAGGAUGAUACCCUCCACAAAUAAGAACUUCCUGAUCAAUGACCUGGCUGCAGGGCGAGAGUACGACCUAUGCGUGCUGGCAGUCUACGAUGACGGGAUCACGUCUCUCACUGCCACACGAGUGGUGGGCUGUAUACAGUUCCACACAGCCAAUGAGGUCAGCCAGUGCCGCUUCAUGCACAGCCAGUUCCUGGGCGGAACCAUGAUAAUCAUUAUAGGAGGAAUCAUUGUGGCAUCUGUGCUUGUGUUUAUUAUCAUCCUGAUGAUUCGCUACAAGGCCUACAGCAGCCCGGAGGACAACAAAAGAAAGUGCAGCUCCAGUAUGCACUCCCAGACCAAUGGCAGCCAGCAGAGGCUGCAGCGAUCAGUGUCCAAGCAGCCUUCUGAUGAGGGUCAGGCCCAGGGUCUCAAAGAGUGCAUGGCUCUGGUCCUGCGUGUGGAAAGUGACAAGAAGGAGAACCUCACAUCCACCACUGCCAUCAUGGAGGUCGAGCUGCCUUCACUGUCUGCAGAUCGGAUGAAGAGGAGGACCAGUGUGGAUGCACACUUCUCUGGUCCUCCAUCUGAGGACACACAAACGGACAGUAGCCUGACCGGCUCCACUAUGUCUCUGUGUCUCAUAGGCCCCAACGCUGGCACCAAAGAGGCUCCACGGCUCAAGGACAAGAAGAGUGCUCUGGCUAAUAUGGGACUGCUCCCCAAUGAUCUGUCACGAACUAGGCACAGAUUUUCCUUUGAUGGCGGGGAUUACUCCAUAUUUCAGAGUCAUAGUUACCCGCGCAGAGCGAAGACAAGGUGGCAUCGCUCCACCAACCAGCUCAACAUGGAGUCAUCCCCUCUUGCUAACAGGAAAGUUACGUUCAGCAGCACUGAGUGGAUGUUAGAGAGCACAGUGUGA